AUGCCCGCUUUAUGGCGCCGAAUACGACGAGCCAUGCUGUCGUUCAGUAUAUUCCUCGUGUGUUCGACUGGGUUGACGAGUGCCUACCGAGUAGGUGAAGCCGUCGACACGGAUAUACUUAUUGGCUCAGUAUCUACAGACGCAUUGCGCUCGCAAAUGCCAUCCUUUGGUGUGGGAUCGUCAUUUUACUUCCCGGUGACCGACGAGAUCAAGUACUUUUCUCUACGAUUCCAAGACGGCCUUCUCGGGAUCCCAACGCUUUACACACAAAACAUGCGAGGGCAGUCGCUGGCACGCGUAGUCGUAACGUUUGUGUAUUCCAAGUCGGGUGUCGGAGACGUUCACGCCGUCAAUGCCCAACCGGAGUACAUGUCGAUUGAGGGUCCGCACGAGGACAUCCAGAUUGAAUACCAAUGGAUUCAAGAAGAGGCUGGGCAGCUUCGGGCGGGAAUCGGCAUCAUGUUUUUUGCAUCCUUGUUUGUAUCAGUUCUCGUUCUGUUUCAGCUCUGUGGAAUCAUCGACGACCACGACGAGCUGGAAGGGCAACGUAAUGCGCAAACUCGAGUACCCGAAGGAACCUACAUGCAGAAAAAAUGGUAG